CAAAGAAGCGGGGUUGUCGCGAGAGGAGAGAGAGAGAAGGAGGGAGGGGGAGAGAGAGAGUGAUUGGAUCUGAUAAUCGUCGCAAUUUGUUUGUGUGUGUGUUGUUGUAUAUGCCAUUGGAUGGUGAGGCAGUGGUUCAGCCUUUCUCUCUCCUCCUCGCCGAUGGCGAAGGCGUUGCCAGGUGGUGCUCAUAGGAUCCCACUCGCUCACACUACUGUCCUCCUCACCAACAUUGCGGUUUCGGUGGAGGCCCUUCUUGUAUUUGCCGUUGUUAUGCUCCUCCUCAUCCUUCUCUUCAUCCUCCUCGCCUGCAAGUUCAAGCCAUGGCGCUUCCUCUCUUCCGCCGCCGCCCGCUCCCGCACCGCGAUCAAGGCUGAAGAUGUGGAGAGGCCUCUUAUAACUGAUGAUUUUAAUCUGGCCGAGAGCCUAGGUGGUGAGUUUAGUAGAGGUCAUACUCUUGAAAGUUCAGGUCACCAUGCACAAGGGUCCUUUGAUUCUCCUCGGACGCACGGGCUUGUUCAUAAACCAAGGCUCCCUUCUACAACAUCACAUUUGACACACAGUGAUAGCUUUGUCCUUGAUAUUGGUGAUACUUCGGAAGAUGCUGUACUGGGGCAAACACUUAAGGGAGUUGGGAUUGCUCACUUUCAUGAAGAGCAAAGACGAGGAAGAAACGAGGAUACUAAGAAUGUUUCUAGGUUUGGCAAGGAAAAUGAGAAACUUAGGGAAUUUGUGCCCAAGUAUACCACUGAUCAAAGAAGUGUCAUUAUGCUGGAGGUUAUCGCAGGGCCUUCUUGUGGCCUUCAGUAUUCAAUACAGUCAAGUAAUACAUCCAAGCUUCCGUUCACUCUUGGAAGAGUUCCGCCCAGUGAUGUCACGUUGAAGGAUUCAGAAGUUUCUGGAAAACAUGCCCAAAUAAAUUGGAACAUAAAUAAAUUGAAGUGGGAGCUGGUUGACAUGGGUAGCUUGAAUGGAACACUUGUAAAUUCCCGUUUAGCUCACAACCCUCAUUUGGGAAAUAGACAGUGGGGUGAUCCAGUUGAGCUUGCAAAUGGAGAUGUUAUAACUUUUGGCACAAGUUCAAAACUUCUUGUACAGGUUACAUCCCAAUCCGAGUGCCAUGUUCCAUUUGGGGUUGGCCUGGCAUCAGACCCAAUGUCUUUACGCCGAGGAGCCAAGAAGUUGCCCAUGGAAGAUGUCUCUUUUUACCAAUGGCCUCUUCCGGGGACUGAUCAGUUUGGAUUGUUUGGUAUAUGUGAUGGACAUGGUGGAGCUAGUGCUGCUGAAUCUGCUAGCAAAAUACUGCCACAAAUUGUUGCUAGCAUAUUGUCAGAUUCCUUCAGAAGGGAGGAGGUUUUAUCACAAUGCGAUGCUUCAGAUGUCCUUAGAGAAGCAUUUUCUCAAGCAGAAGCAUCCUUGAAUCACAACUAUGAGGGUUGUACAGCGACAAUGCUUCUAGUUUGGGCGGAUGGUCAAGAAAAUUUCUAUGCGCAAUGUGCAAAUGUUGGCGAUUCAGCUUGUGUUGUAAAUAUUGACGGAAAGCAGAUUAAAAUGACUGAAGACCACAGAAUAACUAGUAAUUCAGAAAAGCUUCGUUUUGAAGCAGCAGGAGAACCUUUGAAAGAUGGGGAAACACGACUAUGUGGUCUAAACCUUGCCAGGAUGCUUGGAGACAAGUUUCUAAAACAACAGGAUGUUCGGUUUAGUUCAGAACCAUAUAUAAGUCACGCUUUGUACAUACACCAGACUAGCACAGGCUUUGCAUUAUUAGCAAGUGAUGGCUUUUGGGAUGUGAUACAUAUCAAGAAGGCAGUGCAACUUGUUCAACAGUGUAAAGAGAGAAGUUCGAUCAAUGAAAACAUCUCAGCGGAAAAGAUAGCUAAUGUUUUGUUAAAUGAAGCCAAAACGCUGCGUACUAAAGAUAAUACAUCCAUAAUUUUCUUAGAUUUUGACACCAACAAUAGAAUUUUUUCUAAUGUACCAGAACCUUAGUGUAUUUAUUUAAAUUUUAUAUAUACAUGAAUUAAGUUUGAUACAGAACUACUCCAA